AUGACUGAAGAGGAACCGAACGUCUUCCUGUUCUAUCCGAACCUUAUCGGAUACGGCCGUAUCAUUCUGGCCAUUCUUGCUUGUUAUGCGAUGGGCGAUUGUCCAGUGACCGCCAUGCUUUGUUAUGCGAUAAGUGCCGGACUGGACGCUGUUGAUGGAAUGGUGGCAAGAAAAUAUCAACAAAGCCCAUGGCCCUCUGCAUGGCUCUAUAUGAGUACAAUAAUUGACAUUGCCUCACACUGGCUUCAUCUUCAUGCUAGCGAUCUGAGCCGUUCUGAUACGCAUAAGAAAAGCAACAAUCCGAUCUUGCACCUUUAUUAUACAAAUCGUUCGUUCCUUGGAUUCAUGUGUGCUGGUAACGAAGCAUUUUACUUGAUUCUCUAUGUUCGCGCAUUCUGGCCAGGACCAGCUAUUUUUGGGGUUCACCUGCUCUCAUAUCUUGCCGCUAUUGUAUUUCCAAUUGCACUCGUGAAAUCUGCCAUAAGUUUGGUUCAUCUAGUCACUGCAGCCCAAAUAGUUGCAAAGUACGACACUGAUGCCAUUCUCGCUAAACGACCUCCAGUCGCUAAAACUGAAUAA